AUUUAAUAAUUUGAUAUAAAUAACAACUAAUAAAUCAGGACAAAAUCCACCGCUAGUUCUUUCUCUGUCCUCUUUUUGUGAUUUAGUUAUAAUUUUGAAGAAGCUAAAAUAAGAAAUGGAGCAUGGAAAGCUAGGGAGGAAGUUUAUGUUGCCAAUAUUGGUGGUAGAUUUGGUAGUCUAUCUUUUAAUAUUAAGCCUUGCUUCUUGGUCCCUUGACAAAUAUAUCGAUGGUCACCAAAAUCACCAUUUGUUAGGUGGAAAUGCGGCUACAAACUACAUGUUAAUGUUUGCACUCUUAGCCGGAACCACCGGGAUCGCAUCGGUCAUAGUGGGCAUAGCACACUUUCGAUCAUGGUCGGUGUCAAGCAUGGCAGCAGCCACCUCUGUCGCGGUCAUCUCAUGGGCUCUAACGGGUUUGGCAUUUGGGUUAGCUUGGAAGGAGGUGAGGCUAGGUGGUUAUAGAGGGAAACGUUUGCAAACGCUUGAAGUAUUCAUAAUAACUUCUACAUUGAUCCAUUUGUUGUAUAUAAUUCUACUUUAUGCUGGCCAUUUUAAUCAGAGAUAUGGGCUGUGUCAUGGUGGGCCUGGCCCAGGAAGCUCAACUCGUGAAGCCCAAAAGACUACCGAAAGCGAACCUCCUCCUGCUGCUUGAUUGGCUUUUUUUUUUUUUUUUUUUUUUUUUUUUGUCGUGACAUUUACUCCGGAAUUGUAUAUUGUUAAACUUUGAUAUUGCUAAUACUUGUCGUACUAAGCUAGUUUGAUAGCCUUUUCUAAUCCAGUGUACUUUUGCUA